UGGGGCAGCAUCUAGCCAAUGCCUGCCCCUAGAUAGAGCCAGGCACAUUUAACCACAUUUAUAUUUACUUGACAAAUGUUUUAAGUGAACAAUGACCCAUUAAUCAGUUUCAACGUCUUAAUCACCUUGUAUCAAUAUCACACAGGGAAUUGCUUCAUUAAACAUCAAUUGUCUGUAGACCAUAUCCAGAAAUGCACUGAUCUGUUUUAUUCAUAAAAUAGUAGAAGUUCCCACUUUUCACUUUUAACAUAAAUUGUCGCAAUGAAGAAAUACUUGUGUGGAUUUUUCUUCUUUUUCGGAACGUUUUGGACAGAAAUCUUUUCACAGACCACAAAUCAAGGACAAAAUAGAAAUUCCGGAAUGUCCACAAAUCAGACAGUGUCUCAGAAUUCUCCAAACAACAGAAAUCCAAACUUUCGAUCUCAGCAGAAUUUCCAAAAUACUAACAAUGGGCCCCAAAACUGGAACAGUGGACCUCCAUCUAGGAGUGGGCCCCCAGGAAAAAACUGGAAUGGUGGACCUUCAACCUGGACUAGUGGGAACUUACAAGGAGGUCCUCCUACAAACUUUGGCCCACCCAAUAAUAACUGGAAUAAUGGUCCUCCUAAUACAAAUAAUGGACCUCCAAGUGGAAACUGGAAUAACGGAGGACCACCAAAUGGUCAAUGGAAUAAAAAUGCAGGUCCAUCUAAUGGAAACUGGAAUGGAGGGCCGCCAAAUGGAAAUUGGAAUGGAGGGCCACCCAGUGGUAAUUGGAAUGGAGGGCCACCCAAUGGCAAUUGGAAUGGAGGGCCACCAAACCCAAAUAAUGGACCACCCAAUGGAAACUGGAAUGGAGGACCACCUAAUGGAAAUUGGAAUGGAGGACCACCAAAUACAAACAAUGGACCACCCAAUGGACCCUGGAACAAUGGCCCACCUUACGGAAACCAAAAUGGACCUCCAUAUUCAAACUGGAAUCAGGGUCCACCACCAGCUCCAGGAAUUGGAUUUCCAUUAAUAGAUCCUGACCUCCCCGAUGGAUUGGAUACAAUGUACCAGAGAAUGCAAGCUAUGCAAGCCAUGCAUGAAGUUAAUCAAUAUGCAGGACAACUUGGGGCCUUUGAUGUAAUUCCACCAAUGGCUUUUCCUCACCCUGUUCCAGUGCCUGGAAUGAUUCCUAUCCCGCCGGGACCUCCAGGACCUGUACCACCAGGCACUGGUCCACAGUCUGGUUUUCCUAUGAGACCUCAUGGCAGAGUUGAUGUCUGGGCAGGUACUAAUCCCAAAACUGAAAAUAGCACUGGAAACUUUACAAUGGCUUUCUCUAGAAGAAAUUCAGAAACAGCAGAUACUUUACGACCAAAGCUAGCCGAGUUUCAACAUCAAGGAAGGAUUGGUUGGGGAAAUGGAACUAACAACUCCAGUGGUAUCAAUGGAACUCAAAAUCAACCUCAACAGUUCUCUAACUUGCCACCGAACUAUCCCUAUAACCCUUACAGCUAUGGUUAUAAUGCUUUUGGUUAUAAUCCAUGGAUGGGGCCUUAUAAACCUGAUACUCCCGAUCACCUGGAGAACAGGAGAGACAAUGAGACAAAGUUCAUUCAAGACAGACCCCCAUAUAACCCGUCACCUGCAUCUUCAAUGCCUAGAGAGAGAUGGGCAGGACUAGCUCAGUCAAACCAGACAGGAGUCCCACAACCGAGUGAAAUCAUGAGCCAAGGUGUUAAAAAUGUUCAAAGGAUACAGUCAGAAAUAUCCUCUCAAGGAUGGCCCCCUCAAGCACAAAGUCAAAGAGGACAAUGGACGCCGUCCUCAAGGAGAAAUGACUGGAAUAUACACGGUACAAAAAAACGCGAUCCUGAUGGAGAGAAAGGGACUGGAGGAGGCGGAGGUGGAGACAUCGAAAAAGAAGUGGAUAAAGAGAAAGAGGAAAGCAAAACUAAAACGAAUAUGAAUGUGAUCAAAGCUGUCCUGAAUGAAGUGUACAGACAAAGAAACAAUAAAGACUUGUCUGUUUCAUCUAUAAUGGAUGCCAUCAACAACAGAGAAACUCGAUACAAAAUGCAGUACCGAUAUGAAGGCAAUGUUGCACCUCCAUCCUGGACUCAGCAGCUUGAAAAUGUUGAACCGCAAAAGAAAGAGCCGGGACCAACACCAAAGCCUGCUGAAGUUAUGGUAGAGGAAGUCAACAGAACAAGCAUUCCGAGAACUGGGGCAAGUUUCAGAUUUUCGUCAAAAUAUAUUCCACGGAACUUUGCUAAUAUCCAAAAUCCAAGAAUACAACCCAUUCACAACUUUCCUACAAUGAGUCAAAAUCCGAGAGCACAGGCUAUUCAAAAUGCUAGAAACACAGGCUUUGGUCAAACAACUGCAGGGCCUUUGCCAAAUUCAAAAACUUCAGCACCCAUUGUUCAAACUCAAGACAUCAUUCAACAAGCCAUUGGUAUAGCUCAGUCUGGAGUCAUGGUUCAGGCCAAUAAUGAUGCCAUCACAGACCUCACUCAGGUGUUUGGAGAGGCCAGCAGCAGCACUACGCCCAGCACAACCACACAGAAGGUCAUCUCAAUGAAUGUAGACACAGAGAUCACGAUACAGAAAGAAGGCAAGGUCCAUGUAGUCAACCAUGAACAAGUUAUCACGAUGCCAGUCAAUACCAGCACACCCUCACCCCUACCACAGAGCCAGAUGGGUGUCACUAUGGCCAUCAUGGAAACCCUUCCUGGGGUCACCAAGUCCCCCGCUGACACAGUCCAGAAAGUCCCUGUCCCUGUUGAGGACUCCCUGUCACCCUCCUCUACUUUUGGUAUCAUUGUUGGGAUCAUCAUAGGCGUCACUAUAAUUCUAGGACCAAUUAUAUGCAUACUUUGCCGAGUUCGAAGGCGACACAGGGAGAAGAAACGUAAACUAUCAGCAAAAGGCAGUGGUGGGUUCAAGCCAGAUGCUGAGGCCAUGGAAACCAUGCUCGCAUGUGACUUUGGUGAUCCUAAAACUUCCACUAGCAUUGGGCUUGGUGCUAAAGCCAAAGUCAAAAGCUUCCUUACAAAGCCCCCGCGGCCAGAAAAACCAUGUACUGAACUCCAAACUCUAAAACCUAAAAGUAAUACUGUUACUGCCAUCAUUCACUAGAUGAGAUUUUAUAAAAAAAAAUACUUAAAUUGUUGAAAUCUUUUCAAAAAAGGUGUAAGUAAACAUAGAAACGGAUGUUGGAAAUCCUUAAAAACUGUCUUGUAGAAUGUUUAAAUAUGGAUUAUGUCAUUUUUUUGUGCUAAUAAACAUGUCUCAAAAAACAUCAAUGUUUGUUUAGAG